AGACUAAACCUGUUGCAUUCGCAGUACGGACAAAUGUUGGCUACAGUUCAGCUCACGACGAUGAGGUCCCGGUUCCAGGAAUGGCCGUUUCCUUUGAGGCUAAAGAUUUUUUGCACGUCAAAGAGAAAUUUAACAAUGACUGGUGGAUAGGCCGGCUGGUGAAAGAAGGCUGUGAAAUAGGAUUUAUUCCAAGUCCUGUGAAGCUUGAGAACAUGAGGCUACAGCAUGAACAAAAAGCAAAGCAGGGAAAAUUCUAUACAAGUAAAACCGGAGGAAAUUCCUCUUCCAGUUUGGGUGAUGUUGUACCUAGCUCUAGAAGAUCAACUCCACCAUCAUCUGCUAUAGACUUAGAUGCCACUGGCUUAGAGGCAGAAGAGCUUGAUAUCCCAGCCAACCACCGCUCCCCUAAACCCAGUGUAAACAGUGUAACAUCACCCCUCUCCAAAGAGAAAAGAAUGCCUUUUUUUAAGAAGACAGAGCACAUUCCUCCUUACGAUGUAGUGCCUUCUAUGAGACCUGUAGUUCUAGUGGGGCCUUCAUUAAAAGGAUAUGAGGUGACAGAUAUGAUGCAAAAAGCUUUGUUUGACUUUUUAAAACACAGAUUUGAAGGGAGAAUAUCCAUCACACGGGUCACUGCUGACAUCUCGCUUGCCAAACGCUCAGUAUUAAAUAAUCCUAGUAAACACGCAAUCAUAGAGAGAUCCAAUACGCGAUCAAGUUUAGCUGAAGUCCAGAGUGAAAUUGAACGUAUCUUUGAAUUAGCGAGGACAUUACAGCUUGUAGUUCUUGACGCAGAUACCAUAAACCAUCCAACGCAACUUAGUAAGACCUCCCUGGCCCCCAUCAUAGUUUACGUAAAGAUUUCUUCUCCAAAGGUUUUACAGAGGCUAAUAAAAUCACGAGGAAAAUCUCAGGCAAAACAUCUAAACGUGCAAAUGGUAGCAGCUGACAAACUAGCACAGUGCCCGCCAGAAAUGUUUGAUGUUAUCCUGGAUGAGAAUCAGCUUGAAGAUGCGUGUGAACAUCUAGCAGAUUACCUAGAAGCUUACUGGAAGGCUACACACCCUCCAAGCAGCAACCCGCCCAAUGCACUUUUAUCUCGCACCCUUACUACUGCAACCCUUCCCGCCACCCCUUCCUCAGCUUCUAAUGCACAGCAGGGCUCCCAAGGAGAGCAGAAGAAUGAACAUCCUCCUCCUGAACGACCUGGGGCCAUAGAAGAAGAGGCACCCGCCGAACCGCCAACAAGAAAGUCUCAACAUCGAUCUUCCUCCUCUGCCCAGCACCACAACCACCGAAGUGGAGUUAGCAGAGGACUUUCUCGACAGGAGACCUUUGACAACGAGACGCAAGACAACAGAGACUCCGUAUAUCUAGAGCCAAAGGAAAAUUACUCUUCCGAACAUGCUGAUCCUCAGGAGUCCCACCGGGAUCACAACCACAGAGACGAAUCUCACACGGUUAGCGAACAUAGACACAAAGAACCUCGACACCGGACAAAUGAGGAUAGGGAUCAGGACCACAACGAAUGCAACAAACCCCGCACCCGUCACAAAUCAAGGGAACGAUAUUGUGAAAAGGACGGAGAGAUUUCUAGGAAACGUAAUGAUAAUGAGUGGAAUCGGGAUGUUUACAUCCGCCAGUAA